AUGAGUACAGAAAAAGAAUGUCCGUUAAAGAUCAAAAAUUUAAAAAAAAUUAAAAAAUUCAUGAGCGUUAAAAGAUAUGUUGCUUAUAAAAAACCUGACGAAGGUCGUGAAGAUUUUAACCCUGAUGCUUCAACUAUCUCUACGACUAUGUCCUAUAAAAUUGGAGAACCUUCAACAAUACUCAAAAAUAGUUGUAUAACUUCAUUGCAAAUUGAAGUAGAUAAUGAACCAGUUAUUUUAAAAGAAUCGAAUGAUUUAUCGGAAGAUUUUUUACAAGAAACACCUAAUUUAUUGGAUUGUGGAAAUUGGCCAAUUGUUCGAUCUAGCAACUUUGUGGACCAUUUAAUCAAACUUGGUCCUUUUCAAAUUACAAAGAAAAAAUACCCUGAAGAUAGAAAUGGUCGACAUUUUUCUAGCAUUUAUUACAAUAGAAAGCUUGCAAAUGGAGAAACCUUUUGCCGUAGAUGGUUGGUUUAUUCAGAUUCUAAAAACUCCGUAUUUUGUUUUUGCUGUCUACUUUUUGAUAAUAAUUCAAAGUCAAACUUAGUCUCUGAUGGUUUCAAGAAAUGGAGACAUUUAACUGAAACAUUGGGAAUUCAUGAAAACAGCGUCUCUCAUAUGAAAUCUGAAAAUAAUAUGGCUUUUCGAGGGAGUUCGGAUAAACUGUUUACGCCUCAAAACGGCGAAUUCUUAGGACUAAUACAGAUGCUUGCAAAAUUUGAUCCUGUGAUGCAAAAGCAUUUAGCACUUGCAAUAAAAGGUGACACUUCAGACCAUUAUUGCGGGAAAAAUAUUCAAAAUGAGCUUAUAGAUUUAAUGUCUCAAAAGGUUAAUGAUGAAAUAAUAAACCGAGUCUUGAAAGCCGUUUACUAUUCAAUCAUUCCUGAUUGUACACCUGAUAUUUCUAGAAAAGAACAACAUUCUCUUACUAUUCGAAUUGUUGACUUGUCAUUAGACAUAAGAGUGAAAAUUAAAGAGUACUUUUUAGGAUUCUUUUCUGUUUCUGAUUCUACAGGCUUAGGACUUACUGAGGUUUUAAUCGAGUUGCUAACUAAGCAUGGACUUGAAAUCUCUAACUGCAGAGGUCAAGGGUAUGAUAAUGGAUCAAAUAUGAAAGGAAAGAUUAAUGGUGUACAAAAAAGGAUUUUAAAUCUUAAUCCUUUAGCAUUAUAUGUUCCUUGCGGCAACCAUACCUUAAACUUGAAACUCUGUGACACGCGGUGGGAAGCAAAAAUAAGUAGUGUUAAAGCUGUUCGUUAUCAAGUUGGUGAUGUACAUGACGCUUUGAUAGCAUUGUCAGAAAUUGAAGGAUGUAAUCCUGAAACUGCACAUGAAGAGAUAACUCUAGGAGAGCAAUUAAAAGAUUUUAGCUUUUUUGUCUCUUUAAUUGUCUGCUGUUGUUCAUUUUUAGAAAACUAUAGAAAAUGCGGUUUUAAAGAUGCAAUUAUAAAAGCAAAAGAUUUGGCUAUAGAAUUACAAGUGGAGCCUGUUUUUAAACCACUUAAAAGAAUAAUACGAGUGAAUCGCCAUUUUGACGAACCAGCCCAAGAUGGGAUUUAUUUAAUUUCUCCUGAAAAAAAAAUAGAAAUCGAUUUCUUCAAUCCUCUUUUAGACACAUCUUUAAUUUCAAUGAGAGAAAGAUUUAUACAGUUGGAGAAUUAUUCCGAAGUUUGGGGUUCUUUGUAA